AUGGAGGUUUAUAUCGAUGAUAUGCUCGUCAAAUCUUUCCAAGAAAAAGAUCACGUAUCACAUCUCGAGGAAUGUUUCGCACAUCUAAAUUCUAAUAACAUGAAGCUCAACCCGACAAAAUGCAGAUUCGUCGUAGCAUCAGGAGAAUUCCUCGGUUACCUAGUUACAUACCGCGGUAUCGAAGCUAAUCCCAAACAGAUCAACGCAUUGGUCGAGAUGGCUUCACCUAAGAAUAAGCGGGAAGUCCAGAAGCUGAUCGGUAGAGUCGCAGCACUUAACCGAUUCAUUUCGCGGUCGACGAACAAGUGCUUGCCUUUCUACAAUGUCCUACGGGGAAAUAAAAAUUUUGAAUGGACGGAAGAAUGCGAAAAUGCUUUCCAGCAGCUGAAACGAUACUUAGCUUCUCCUCCAGUCCUCGCAAAACCCGUGGAGGGGGAACCUUUGUACCCGCUAAUGGAAAAAUUAGCAUGCACGGUCGUGACAUCGGCCCAAAAGCUAAGACCGUAUUUCCAAUCCCACACGAUCGUCAUCCUCACGACCUUCCCCCUACGGACGAUUCUGCAUAGCCCGAGUCAGUCAGGCCGACUAGCCAAAUGGGCAGUUGAGUUGAGCGAGUACGAUAUCGAGUACCGUCUGAGAACGAGUACAAAAUCACAAGUGCUCGCGGACUUCUUGGUCGAACUACCAAUGGGGACCGUAACCAAUGAGGAACCAAAUUCCACCUGGCUCCUUCACGUCGAUGGAUCCUCAUUCAAGCAAGGAUCAGGCAUCGGAAUCCGCCUCACAUCUCCGACCAACGAGAUCCUAGAACAAUUGUUCAGGCUGGAAUUUCACGCCUCCAACAACGAGGCCGAGUACAAAGCACUCAUCGCGGGGCUGCGUUUAGCUCACGGCAUGAAGAUACGCAAUAUCCAUGCUUACUGCGAUUCCCAGCUAGUGGCAAGUCAUUUUAGCGGAGAGUAUGAAGCACGGGACAAAAGAAUUGACGCAUAUCUCAAACUGGUCCAAAAUUUAGUUCAAGAUAUUGUCUGUUUUGCUCUUACGCGAAUUCCUCGUUCUGAAAACGUCCAUGCAGAUGCUCUCGCGGCCCUAGCGUCAAGUUCCGACCCAGGUCUUAAAAGAUUGAUUCCGGUCGAGUUCAUCGAACACCCGAGUAUCGGACCACAAAUCGUCGUCAACCUAAUAGAAGGUCAAGAGGACGAGGCAGAAGAAAUUACGAUACAACCAGAAUCAGAGCAAUCCGAUUACGGUUGCGAUACCCCAUGGCUACAGACGAUUCGAGCCUACAUCACCGACGGAAAGCUACUUACCGAAAAAAGGGCGGCCCGCAAAGUCCGAACGCAGGCUGCGCGUUACGUAACGGUCGAUGUAACAGGACGUCCAGAAGAGAGAAGAAGAUGUUUUAUACCAUAUGGGGUUGCUUCAGCUCAGGGUUUUGUCUUUACACAAAGUGGUAGUUUGGAGAAACAUGUGGCAACCAGCUUCAGCACAAGCAGCUCACCUUUCCCUUACAAGAAGAAAGCUGCAAGCAGUUGA